AAAUUCUCUAGGAAAAGGAAACCACCCACUCCACGGAGCAAUCCUGUUUCUAAAAGAAUGUUAAAGGACGUGUCAGAAGCAUUACUAUCCUUACAAGAUGAGGCAAUACCUUCAACUUCUACUAGCACUUGUGAUAUGCAUCGUGGCCAUAUUAAGGAGAACAGAACAAAUAUAGUCAACCAUGAUCAGUCUGACACUAUAUGUACUGGGACCGGGUCUGAUAUGAAUCAGAAUGAACAUGUCAAACAGGAGCAGACCCAAAAGAACGCAAUUCAUUGUGCAACACAAAUACAAGAUUGUGGGACACAAACUACUUUUCAUUGCAGUGAUAUUCUUGCCAAUAAAAUUGAGAGAAGGCUGAGGAAAAAUGAAGGGCAUUCAAAGCAAAAGAGUCCGCAAAAACAGAACACCAAAAACAAGUUUGAUUACGAGCAAUUGGCAACAAAAGGAAAACUUUUUAAAUUUUACACAGGUUUAAAUGUUGAACAAUUUAACCACUUUUUUAAGGUCUUGGAAAAUGCCGGAGGUGUAUAUGAACUGAAAUAUUGGAAAGGAAAUAAAACAAAAUCACCAAAGAAAAGGCGAAACGACUCAAAACAACGACAAACCAAACUAUCGACAAGAAAUCAGUUAUUAUUGGUUCUUAUGAAGUUAAGGCAUAGGUUUCCAAAUAAAGAUCUUGCAUACAGAUAUGGAGUAAGCAUCAGUACUGUCUCUUCAACAAUUAACACUUGGAUUCAAUAUUUAUAUAAAGUUACUGGUGGUAUUCGUAAAAAAAUGUUUCCAUCUAGGGCUUUAAUUCAAAAACAUUUGCCUGCUUGCUUUAGGUCCUUCAAAAAUGUCCGUGUGAUAAUUGAUUGCUUUGAGAUAUUUACUCAGUCAUCACGGGAUUUUGCUGAGCAAGGUAAUAUGUAUUCCUCGUAUAAAAAUAAUCCAACAUUGAAAUGUUUGGUUGGUGUUGCACCUACAGGAGCAGUUACAUUUUUAUCAGAUGUAUAUGAGGGAAGUAUAUCAGACAAGGAGAUAACUGUAAAGUCUGGUUUGGCUGACUUGCUUAAUCCUGGAGACUUGGUGAUAGCGGAUCGAGGGUUUUUGAUUCGGGAUAUACUGAACCCAAGAAAAGUAGACCUUAACAUUCCACCAUUUCUUUCAGGAAGAGAUCGACUAACCCCUCAAGAAGAAAUAUUGACAAAACGCAUUGCACGAGUACGCAUUCAUGUGGAACGAGCAAUUGAGCGCAUGAAAAAAUUUAAAAUAAUAGGAACAACAAUACCUCUUAGUCUCAAACCAGUAGCCACAGAAAUAGUGCAUAUAAUUGGAUUUCUAGUCAAUUACCAAAGUCCACUUGUAAAAUGAGCAUUGAACAUUAAACUUGAUAAAAUAAUUCUAAAUUUAUAAAUGAAUUCCAGCCUGACCUUGCAUUCAUUAGAGAAGUAUCUUUUUGUUGCAUGAUUUUUUUCUUCAGUACAUUUAUUGUGGUUCAGAUGAUUGGGCUAAUAUCUGCUUGAUUAUUAUAGUUCGUCUUUUACUGCCUUUGUUUUCUUUUGACCACUUGUUUGGGGGGGGGGGGGGUUGAGAUCUCACUAGUUUAACCCCACCACAUUUCAUGUGCCUGGCCCAAGUCGGGUAUUGUGGUCACAAGUUUGUCUGUAUUUUUGUGUUAAAUGUUACGUAAUGUACAUGUACAUUUUGGUAAUAUUCAUGCAAGAGCGACUAAAAUUUUACAUAUACACGUUUUAUUUAUUUGAGGCAAUUUUCACAAGGAGUGGAGUUCCACCCUUAUGGAAGGCCUUUUGGAGACCUCUAGAUUUGUGGAUUGAGUGUGGUCUCUGAAACUUACAAAUGUAGUCUAUAUCUUUUCACACAUUGUGAAAGUGUGACACUGUUCAAAACCAAUAAAAAUCUGAAUCUAUAA